AUGCCGCUGUCAGCGCAGCUGCACAAACUGCUCUGCGUGUGCCACAUUGUCAGCUACUUCGAUUACCAGAAGAAAGUGUGCCAAUUGCUGUGCUUGUACAACCUGCGAUACAAUGAGGACACCCAGAAGUUCGGCUUUGGACAUCAGCUGUUCAUAUACUUCGUGUGUUUCUGGAGCCUCCUGUGUCUUCCGUUUUACCUAAUGUUUCUCGAUGGCUAUGUUAUCGAUCGAGGUAGCCUCUUUAUCUACCUGCUGCCCUGCAUCUAUUACAAAUAUCUGGAGAGCUCUAUGCUCGGAACCUUGAAUGAGAUGGCAAAAGUUCACAGGAAGCUGCACUCCACAUUGGGAACUAUGUUUUGUGUGUCCGUCAAGCGGGCAUAUUGCUGCUCCUGGCUGAUAUCCAUUGAACUGGUGUUCGUUAUCUACUGGCAAAUUGAGUCCUUAAAGAAUGACAUCCAGCGUUUGUUUGUGUUCUCCUGCCUAUUCGGCUGGCAUCUACAACUUCUCCUCCUCGUUAAUAGCUACAUUUGGCUACAGUCCAUCUACGUAGUUAUGAAUCAGAUUUUCACUUUAAAUCAGCUAACGAAUGAAGAGCACUGGAAACGGUUCAGGACUGUAAUAAAACAGCACGGUACCGUACAGCAAAUCCAACGAGAUAUAUCUCAUUACUUCAGUGUGUACAUGUGUUCCGUAGUCGUACUUUUAACAAGCAUUUUCUACCGAGCUGUUUCUGAAGCUGGUUUCGAUUGGGAUCAGAGGCGAUUGGUGUUGUUGAGAUUGCAGUUUUGGCAUAUAAGAUACUUUGGAAAUCUAGUUCUCCUCAUUGGCACACUACUUAUGGUUCUUUGCGACUAUAAAUCGGAGAGAAACAAGUUCUUAAAAGCUAUGUGGAACACCCAAGACCGGCUCCAAAUAACAUGGAGUAGCAUAAGUUCAAAUCGCUGUAAGCAAACCCCAGAUGUUCUCGAUUUAAUGAUACUGACUGGAAAUUCAUAUCGAAAUAUGAUAUGCACGACCGUUACUUUGUGGGAACUGCGGAUCAAAAAGGACAUUGUACUCACACUUGAGACAGCCUGCUUCAUGAACUACUUCUUCCUGCUGAUGCUCACCGUUUGCUUAGUGCCUAUUAUAGCUAUCGCGAACGGAUUUAAGAUAGACUUGGAGCAUAAGCUUUUAAAUUACGCAUUCUAUGAAGUAUAUUCAAAUAACUCGGAUCCUUUAAGUCUAACUAUCGACAAUUUAACAAUGUAUUCCUAUGUCCUGAGCCAUGCGCUGGAAUAA